AUGGGGAGGAUCAAAGCCAAUCAAUCGCAGGAAAGCCGGUACUCAAAGAAAAAGGAGAACGCUUUAAAUAAAGGGCGAGGGAAGAAAAAGCUCCUGAGAUACCUUCGAAACCUCGGAAGCCAUUUUCUUACCUGUAGGGGUUUCGGAUCACUCACCCAUGCUAGUAAGUGUGCUGAACGAUCUUUUGAGACUGAGCACAAACCUCCGGUUUUGAACGUGAGUGACUUCCACCACAUCAAGGCUCCGAUUAGCUCAAUACGAUUAACGUAUAUGCUAUAUUGGGCAAAUUCGGGUUUCCCUUAUUCAUUUAUCAUCGUCGACAAAACCUGUAACUCCGGCAGUAUGGACCUGCUUAGGAAAGGUCUACUUGUCGAUCUGGAUCGGCUUCUUGGACUCCAAGAAGGCAAGCAGCAUCCCUUUCUCGAUGAAGUUCUGCAUGAUUUGGGUGAGACCAGGAAUAACAGAUGUCGGAAUGCUUUGGGAGGAAGGGCACAACAUAGGUGGAUAUGGAUGGAAUCGAGAGGGAAUAAAAAGUCCGGUGUGUGCAUGUCGGGAACUGAGAGCGUGAACGCUCACAAGCUCCAACACACAGUGGAAGACUUCUCACCAUGUUGCGAUUCAUCAAGAUUCGCAACUUAUUGUAUUCUAAGUGUCCCAACAGCGCAUGCCAUAGAAAGGGUUUCAUUCUUCUGCCUUCGAUCUACAUAUGCUGAUUCGACUGACAUUACAUAUAUUGACUUGACUCGACUCUCUUUCCUAUUGACUUGA